UUUCCCCAACCCUAAAUCAUAUCACUUCUCUCCCGGCACUUCCCAUCUUUAAUUUCCGGUUCUCCACUAUAGCCCAUUCCCGAACCCCCUUCCCCAAGAAUUCUGUAGUGAUUCAGUCAUCCCGCAGUACUAAACGGAGAGUCGUCUGGACUGUGCGGCGACACUUGCGACUUUAGCAGCAGCAACUCUAAUCGCUGGUUCAGUUUUUCAUUCGCUUCCGUCUAUGCAUCCCCGGCGACGGACGCUAUUCCGACGUGCGCACAUAUCUCAACGGUAAUUGCACAUUGAAAAGGCUCCCGAAGUAUCAAAAAUCCUUUCAGAAGAAAAGUGAAGAAAACUUGCUGCUCCACCAGGGAAAAGUUCUGCAUGCCUUCUUGACAUUUCUGCAAUGUCAGGGUUGCUUAAUUCAUCUUUGAACGGAUCUACUCCAAACCUCUCGGACAAUUCUGGUCGCUCUUAUACGUCAUUCUCUGGUCAGUCUGGUGCAGCAUCCCCUGCUUAUCAUCAUUCGGGAAGUGUGCAGGGGCUGCACAAUAUUCAUGGGAGUUUCAACCUUCCCAGCAUGCAAGGUACACUUGGAUCAAGGAGCACUGGCAUAAACAUCCCUUCAAGCAAUGUUCAGCAGUCUGGGAACAAUCUUUCUAGUGGCCGUUUUACAUCAAACAAUCUCCCAGUUGGCCUUUCACAACAGAUAUCUCAUGGAACUUCACAUGCUCAUACAGGGAUGACAAACAGAGGUGGUUUGAGUGUUGUGAGUAACACAGGGUAUAACAGUAACACAAAUGGAGUUGGUGGUUCCAUUCCUGGAAUCCUUCCAACCUCAGCUGCUAUUGGUAAUCGAACUUCUGUUCCCGGAAUUGGUGUAUCCCCAGUGCCUAGGAUGACAAGCUCAGUUGGAAACAUAGUUGGUGGGGGUAAUAUGGGAAGAAAUAUUAGCUCUGGUGUACUGUCAGUGCCAGGGAUUGGUUCUCGUUUGAAUUUGAGUGCCAGUAGUGGUUCUGGAAAUUUGAACAUUCAAGGACAGAAUAGGCUCAUGAGUGGCUCUCUUCAACAAGCUUCUCCACAGGUGAUGUCCAUGUUAGGAAACUCGUACCCUUCUGCUGGUGGCCCACUUUCUCAAAAUCAUAUGCAAGCAGUCAACAAUCUUAAUUCUAUGGGAAUGUUAAAUGAUAUAAAUUCAAAUGACGGUGCCCCUUUUGAUAUCAAUGACUUCCCUCAACUAUCCAGCCGUCCUAGUUCUGCUGGAGGUCCGCAAGGACAAAUAGGUUCAUUGCGAAAACAAGGCCUUGGUCCAAUUGUUCAGCAAAAUCAAGAGUUCAGCAUUCAAAAUGAAGAUUUUCCAGCUUUACCAGGAUUUAAGGGUGGUAAUACUGAUUAUGCAAUGGAUCUACACCAAAAAGAACAACUUCAUGACAAUUCUGUGCCUAUGAUGCAACAACAUUUUUCUAUGGGAAGAUCUGGUAGUUUUAACUUAGGAGGAACAUAUUCAUCACAUCGCCCACAGCAGCAUUCAUCAGUAGUGAGCAGUAGUGGUUUGUCAUUUCCAAACGUGAACAAUCAAGAUCUACUCCACUCACACGGCUCAGAUGUCUUUCAACCAUCACACUCAACGUAUCACCAGCAGGCGGUUGUGUCCUCUGGCCUAGGAUUACGACCUCUUAACUCCCCAAAUUCUGCCUCUGGUAUUGGGUCUUCAUAUGAGCAGCUAAUCCAGCAAUAUCAGCAGCAGAGUCAACCCCACCAAUACCGAAUGCAACAACAGAUGUCUGCUGCAGGUCAGCCCUAUAGGGGUGACCAGGGCAUGAAACCCUUAGUUGCUCCAGAUCCAUAUGGCUUGCUUGGUUUGUUAAGUGUGAUAAGAAUGAGUGAUCCCAACCUCACUUCCCUUGCACUUGGGAUUGAUCUAACCACACUCGGGUUGAACUUGAACUCAGCUGAUAAUCUGCACAAAACAUUUGGUUCACCAUGGUCGGAUGAGCCCACCAAGGGUGACCCGGAGUUCAAUGUCCCUCAAUGUUAUUACGCCAAACAACCACCACCACUAAAUCAAGCAUACUUCACAAAGUUUCAGCUGGAUACGUUAUUCUAUAUAUUUUAUAGUAUGCCAAAAGAUGAGGCACAGCUAUAUGCGGCCAAUGAAUUGUACAACCGAAACUGGUUUUAUCAUAGGGAGCAUCGGUUGUGGUUUAUGAGAUUUAGUAACGUGGAGCUUCUUGUUAAGACUGCUACAUAUGAGAGAGGUUCAUAUAUUUGUUUUGACCCCAACACAUGGGAAACUGUCCGUAAGGAUAAUUUUGUGCUGCAUUACGAAAUGGUGGAAAAGAGACCACCACUUCCUCAACAUUAGCCUUCCGAUGUACUUGGGUGUAAAUAAUGUAACCGGGUAGUGUUUUUACCUGUAGUCGUCAAGUUUAUCCAAUUUUAAAAGGGAUUAAUAUUUUUACCAUCAUUCUAAUGUGGAUUUUAAUGUAGAUGCUGUAUCCGUUAUUUGAUACUCUCAACUGUUACUAGUCUAACAAUAUGAUUACAGAAAUUAGCACAGCGUUUUCAUACGCUUUAGUAUCCUCACCAUUUGUUCUCAU